AUGAGAGAAGAAAACUGCAACAAAAACAAGAUUUCAUGGCCAAAAACACUCAAGAAAUGGUUUACAUUCAAGAACAAAGCUGAAGACUUCCAUGCAGAUGACUUCAACCAUCGAGAUUAUGAUUUCUAUGAUAAGGAAGUGUGCAUCAUCAACAAAAACAGAAGAAGAGAGAGAUCAAGCAAGAAGUAUGCUCCCCAAGUGAGAGAUGUCAAUGAUUAUAGGAUCUUUGUAGCUACAUGGAAUGUGGCUGGAAAAUCACCAACAAGCUCUGUAAAUCUUGAAGAUUGGUUGCAUACUUCACCUCCUGCUGACAUUUACGUUCUUGGGUUUCAAGAAAUUGUCCCUCUAAAUGCCGGAAAUGUCCUUGGAACAGAAGACAACGGACCCGCUAAAAAGUGGGUAGCCCUCAUUCGAAGAACACUAAACAGUCUUCCAGGAACAAGUUCAGAAUUAAAUUCAGAUUUUGAAGGAUCAAAAACAGAAAAGAAUCCAUCUUUCUUGAAUGGACCUUCAAGUUGUAGCAUGAGGGUAAUGAAGUGUGAAAUGGGUAACCCACAACCAAGGCUCACACGUGGAUACAGUGUCAAUGGUUAUGACCCGAAUCUUGGAUCUUUAGAUGAUGACAAUGAUCCAGAUAGCAUACACUCACACAUACCGUAUUGUGGUGGGAACUCUAGCUACUGUUUGGUUGCAAGUAAGCAAAUGGUGGGAAUAUAUCUUACAGUUUGGGUAAAAAAUGAUCUUAGAGAUGAUGUGCGCAACAUGAAAGUAUCAUGUGUUGGCAGAGGAUUAAUGGGUUAUCUUGGAAACAAGGGUUCAAUCUCAAUUAGCAUGUCAUUGCACCAAACAAGCUUUUGCUUCAUAUGUAGUCACUUGACAUCGGGUCAAAAGGAAGGGGAUGAGCUGAGAAGAAAUGCUGAUGUCAUCGAAAUCCUACGAAAAACGUGGUUUCCAAGAGUUGAAGGAACAAAAGAUGAGAAAUCUCCUCAAACUAUACUCGAGCACGAUCGAGUAAUAUGGCUUGGUGACUUAAAUUACCGGAUUGCCCUUUCUUGCCGAUCUGCAAAGGCUCUUGUUGAGGCGCGUAAUUGGAGGGCAUUGUUGGAAAAUGACCAGCUUCGGAUUGAGCAAAGGAGUGGACGUGUAUUUGGUGGAUGGAAUGAAGGGAGGAUAGAUUUCCCUCCCACUUAUAAGUAUUCAAAUAAUUCGGAUAGAUAUGCAUGUGAUGAUAUACACCCUAAAGAAAAGAGAAGAACUCCCGCAUGGUGUGAUCGGAUCUUGUGGUAUGGUAGAGGACUUCAUCAAAUAUCUUAUGUUCGUGGGGAGUCUAGAUUUUCAGAUCAUAGACCCGUGUGUAGUAUAUUUAUAGCAGAAGUUGAAUCUAUCAACCGUUGCAAAUUCAAGAAAACCACAAGUUGUUCUUCCCGUAUUGAGGUCGAAGAGCUACUACCAUAUCUACAUGGAUACUGA